GCUACAGGGGACACAUCAAGCACAUGCGCGUCGGCACGCGCUGCCAUGAGACCAGAUGCUUCUCCACCAGAUGUGAUUGUGCGGCCCGGGACUGUUGUGCAGGUGCUUCCUGGUCGACAAUUUCCCGCGUUCUCAGCUGGAGAUAUGGGUGUGGUGAAGCGGGUCGACACAGAGGGACGAACGUGCGACGUGCUGUUCGACCACAACAUCGCUGCUGGGCCCUUGCCGGUUGCAACUCGCCACCUGGGGCUCGUGAAUCAGGACAUCUCCGUGGAAGCAAGCGACGGGCAUGCCAGGCGGAUGUCUGACCGGAGCCGCGCGCUUGAGAGCUUGGGCGCCAUGAGCUGCUCUCCCAAUGAUGUCCUCGAGGCACAGUUGGCUUCCCAGCAGUACACGCUGAACUCCUUCGAGGCGAGACUUGCAGCCUGUGAGGCGGCGCUCGGCGGAGAUAACGGCAAAUCGGGCCGCCUGGUUGCCGCCCGUGUGGCUGCGCUUGAAGCAGCUCAUCAGGCAGAAGCCAACGAGCUUAAGCGAGCUUUGAACGAAGCAGUCAGUGUCAGUCGCGAGCAAGAGACCUUGCACAGAAAGCACCGGAACACGGGCAGAGACUUGGAACAGCUCUCCACCGGCCUCGAGCAGCGCUUCCAUAGUCUGCAAGAGACGGCGCGACGGGUGGAGGAUCUACUGCCCAACUUGACGAACGCCAUUAACAGCCAAGAGAGGCGAGCGCAAGACCUCAGAGAGGUGGUGACCUCUUCCAGCAACGGCAUCUCCGAAAUCGCAAAUCUCCUGGAGUCACAAGAGAGACGCACCUUUGACCUGGCAGAGGCGGUGAGCAACGCGAGGAGGGACCUCGCGCAGCUGAGCAGCCGCCUGGAAGACUCGGGCCAGAGCAUUCAGCGGCUCUCGGAGCAGCUCCGCCGUGAUCGGGAGCCUCGGGAGGCCCCCAGUUUGGAGGCUCAGGAAGACGCGAUUUGGAAGUCGCUCAGAGAGUUGCAGGAGCUCGUGGUGCACGAGUCGGAGCAUCGCGCAGCAGGCCUUCGAGAAGUUCUCAGUGUCAUCGGGCGAGACACGGAGCAGUUGCGGAGUGAGCUUUCUCGUCAUGAAGCUGAGAUCGAGGGGCGCUACAAAGCAGACUCUCUGAAAAUCAAGCAGCACAUUGGGGAAUCUCAGGCACGUCUUGCGGACCAUGAGCAGCUUAGUGAACGCUUGGAGAAGCGUCUGGACGCGUUGUCCAACGCUUUGACUGCAGAGCGCAACGCACGUAUUGAGGCCUUCGUUUGGCUGGAAGAGAAGGUUCGGGACUCGCAGACUGGACCCAGCACUCCUCCUGCACCAAGCAGCCCGCCGCGCAUAACCAGGAUUGAGCCAGAGGACAACAGACCUGUUGUUGCGCAAUCUCUCAGUCGCCUCAAGGUACUGGAAGCGCGCUUUGAUCAUCGCAAACCUCCUGCCAUCAGUCCUGGGGUGAGCGACAGCGUCAGCCCAAGGCAGGGGACCACUGGCGAGACAAUCGAAAAGCUCCGCGGGCAGCUGGACGGCCUGCGGGCCGAGCUGAGGCUCGGAGGACAGCCGGAGGCUGCCUUUGCUUCUCCGAGACAGCCGAUAGUCCGCCAAGCCGAGGCUCGAAGUAUCUCGCCAUCCCUUGCGCAGGCCACGCCGCCGGUGCAGCGCCGGAUUGUUUACUCUCAGCCAGCUAUUCCGGUGGCGUCCGCGGCGAUGUCGCAGGUCAGUGGAACCACGGUUGGGGUCGACCCGAGCAAGAAUGGCAAAGGCGACUUUCUCGUGUCCGGGUCAGAGCUGAGCGAUCUGGAGCCGCCCCGGGUCAUCUACUCAUACCCGGUGAUGGCACAAAGCUUGCCCGCCCAGGCGGCUCCGACUGCCACUGUGGGUCUUGACCUGAACAGAGAUGGCAGAGCGGACGUUCUCGUUUCUGGGGUCGACCUCAACUAUGACGGCAUACCUGACUGCCUUCAAUCCGAGGCUGCUCCCCCUGGCAUGCAGACAGGCAAGGUUACGCUUUGUACUGGGCCUGCAAAGGGCUACAUCCGACCCGCAGAGUUCAGCAUCGCAACAUUUGGGGCUGAGCUUUGGCUCGCAGAAUGUGACAUGCUUACCCAGAUUGGUUUCAGACUUUUCUUGCUACCUAACAUUGUAUUUGCGUGCGUGGUCUCAACCAGAAGAAUUGUGCAACCUCAAAUCGGAUCGUCCACUCCAGUCGGCUGGAGUUCUAGCAACAGGACACUCGGUUUCCACACACGGCAGAUGCACUGCCGAACCAUGUACCGUUUGCAAAAGCUUCCCGUGAUCUUGGAAAGACAUGGCUGUGAGCAGCUUGUACUCAAACGGCUGCUUGUAGGCCGAGGACAUGCAGCAUUGCAACAUCGCUUCGCAAGCAAGUCGAGCGACGGCUUCCGGUCCCAGCGCCAUGAAGGCAGCGCGUCUUCAGCAGCUGCAUGUCCCGAGGGAGAGGAGGAGCUUGCCGACAUGCGCAUCGGAGCUUUGCGGAUGAUGCAGCAUGGCGCCGGAAGAAGCAUAGGGAACAAUGCACGUCGACGUCCGAACUGGGCAGUGGCACAUGUCGAGGACCCAAACAAAGAGGUCAAGAGGUCGAACAUUGAUGAGAGGCAAUUCCUCACGAAUGACGGAGCGGACGGCAAGACAAUUUUCGAGAGGGCACGCAGUGCUUCAAGGAACCGGCUUCAGCGCAGCCUUGUCGCAGCCGCGGACUAUCGAAGUGGCAAGCAGGAGGAGGUGAGGUCUUCCAACAUACCAGAUGAUCGCGAUUUGGAGGAGAUAGAGCAGGAUGUGGAGGAGCAGAUACAAAUUGCCAUCGCGAACGGGGAGUUCGAAGACUUGGAAGGCAAAGGCAAGCCAACGAAAAGCUUGCUCGAAGCCGACAAUCCGUAUCUGGACCAAGCAGACCGGGUCGGCUUUGGCUUGCUCAAGAAGCACGGUUUUGCUCCGGAAUGGAUCGAACAGCAAAAGCGCAUUCACAGGGACCUGGACCACUAUGUCAGGAAUCUCUCUGAAGCUUGGAGGGCAAGCCGAUUUGAGCCCACGCAAUCCUACGUGGCUCACAAGGACAAGUUUCGUCGAGAUAUGGCAUUGCUGAACAAGCGUGUCCGCGACUACAAUCUGAACUGCCCUGUUUCAGCGCAGAUGAUGCCCUUCGAAGUGCAAGAAGAGGUGCGAAGGGCCAAGCGCGACGCAGAGGCUCGGGCCCUGCAGGUGCAGAGCCAAGCUCCAAAAGAAAGCGUUGGCGAUGCGGCAGCGCGCCAGACUGCACUCCUCCGAAAGGUGCUUUUUUCACGCUCUUCCAGCAGGCAAAGACCUGCGCAGUCCAUAUGGUCCAGGGUGGCAGAUGCUUUCAAGCUGGGCAGCACCUAAAUUCUUUGAUGACUGCAUUUCAUGAAUCAGGUAGGCUGAAUAUUUGUUCCGGUGCAGCACAUGCAAUGUUGCGUGUGCUGUACUUGUGGACAGCUCUGUUCCAAAGGCUGCAAUGCGCCUGCCGUCUCGCUGCAUGCUUCCAGACAUGGUUGCCAUUAAUGCAGCAAGGUGCAUGUCAGGAUGCGGGCCCAGAAGUUGGGCUUGUGCAAAACCAAGUAGUCAGUAGUAGUCGGUGGGUUUUCAAACAGUCGCUGCGAUGGACUUCGCGUUGCUUGAUCUUGCCUUGGCUUUUGCAAUCGCAAUCAAGUCGGCAGGCCAGACCCCUGGAGCCACAGCAGGCACUGCGGUGCUGGAACUGCAACAAUGAAAUCCUGGCCGACGCAAAGUUCUGCCGCAUGUGCGGCCAAAGAUGCCAGGAGCAGACCAUUUGCUAGCAAGAGGCCAACGAUGCCUCUCUAUUUGUGUGGUCAGUGGCCCGGCUUCGCUCACGUGUUUCAAUGUAAGGAAUCGGAUCACUCUCGGCAUUCGAGCUCGAAAAUCCAUUGGUUCGCAAAAACGACCUGUUUACUAA